GAUUUCACCGCUGCCAUCAGCUGGGAAACAACCAUGUGCCUCUUGAUAGCUGUGCUCCUUUCGGUUCCAGUUGGCGGGCAAGUGGAUCCCACACAGGCAAGGAUUACCUUACAGCCUCCAUGGACCAGCAUGUUCCCAGAGGAAACUAUAACCUUAUGGUGUGAGGGGCCCCAUCUGCCUGGAGACAGCUCCACACAGUGGUUUCUCAAUGGCACAGCCAUUCAGACCUCAACCCCCAGAUACAGCAUCUCUUCUGCCAGUGCUAGUGACGCUGGUGAAUACAGAUGCCAGACAGGUCUCUCAGAGCCAAGUGACCCUAUACAGUUGGAAAUCCACAGAGAUUGGCUACUACUCCAGGUCUCUAGAAGAGUCCUCAUGGAAGGAGAGUCUCUGGCCUUGAGGUGUCAUGGAUGGAAGAAUAAGCUGGUGUACAAUGUGCUUUUCUAUCAAAAUGGCAAAACCUUUAAGUUUCUUCCUUGGAAUUCCGAAUUCACCAUUCUGAAAACCAGUGUGAACCACAAUGGCAUCUAUCACUGCUCAGGCAUGGGAUGGCAUCGCUACACAUCAGCAGGAGUAUCUGUCACUGUCAAAGAACUAUUUACACCUCCAGUGCUGACAGCAUCCUUGGUUUCCCCCCUCCUCGAGGGGACUCAGGUCAACCUGAGCUGUGAAACAACACUGCUCCCACAGAGGCCAGCUUUGCAGCUGUACUUCUCCUUCUUCCUGGGCAACAAGACCCUGAGGGCCAGGAGCACAUCCACCAAAUACCAGAUACUAGCUGCUAGAAGAGAAGAUUCUGGAUCAUACUGGUGUGAAGCAGCCACAGAAGAUGGAAAUAUCCUUAAGCGCAGCCCGGAGUUGGAACUUCAAGUGCUUGGCCUUCAGUCACCCAUUUCUGUCUGGUUUAAAGUGCUGUACUAUCCAGCCAUGGGAAUAAUAUUCAUAGUGGAUACUUUUCUCUGCACCUUGGUACAUAGAGAGCUGCAAAGAAAGAAAAAGUGGAAUUUAGAAAUCUGUUUGGAUUCUGAUCCCUGGAAGAAGGUAACUUCUGACCUUCAGAAAGACAGAUACUUAGAAGGAAAGCUAAAGAGUCCAGAGCAAGAACAGCCCCAAGAAAAGACACAUCAGAAGAAGCCCCAGGAGGGGGAGCAGCAGCUUUGUGAGUAGCCCUGAUCUGGACAGACCCCUGCCCUUCCUCUCUGUGUGAGCACUGGCACACAAACUUCCAGCAACACUAGAACUGUGGGUCUCUAAGCAUAUAACUCAAAUCUUAAAACAGGAACUGACUUCAACAGAAAGAAAUUUGGAAAUUUGGUAAUUAGAGAUUGAAAUGGGGUCUACUCUAAAGAAAUGUUUAACAACUUAGAAGGCAUGUGUAGCCUGAUUAUCCUUUUAGGUAGUUGAAAAAUAGUGUAUUUCCAAGAAGGAGGUGAAAAUGUGAGCGUGCACAAGAGAUUAAGACAGACAAUGAAAGAGAGGAAGACAGAGAGAGACACACAAAGGCAGGAGUGGAUGGGUUUCAGGGAAAUAAGAAGGCAUACUGUAGACAAAGGGAAGGAACUAGAACUUGCAAAUGAUGUCUGAGGGACUGUUUGAAUCAGAGAGCUCACAACUCUGUGUUCAGUGUAGUUACUUCAUAGUGUUUCUCUCUACUUUGCCGACAGAGAAUGUUUCCAUACAGGUUACAGGGAUAGAAAAGAGUAACUGAUGAUGAGAAAUGGCUGUUAUUCUUGCCCUUUCACUUGGGGCUUUCUCAUAACCCCUCUGUUUCCAGAGACAACAUAGGUUUUGCCAGUGCUGAUCUCUUGCCACACAGGAAGGAAGAAUCGAACUGCUACUUUCCUUAAUGAGUAAGUCCAGAUCUCCAAGCACGACAAUGCAGGGAGAAACUUCAAGUGGGAAGAAGCAGUGAUAUUAUAAAGCCCCAGCUCUUGUCUCCAGAGAUGUAUUUUACUCUUCUGAUUUUUUGGAUGAUUACUAACUAGCUUCAAGAAACACUGCUCUCUCCCUUGGGCUAUAGUUGGUAGACAAAAUAUUUUCCUGAUGUUCUAUAACACAGCUGAGAUAAAAACUGAAUUAUGUGCCGUAAGACUUUUACUAAAAGCUUAGAAAAGAACAAAAGGAGUAUAGCAAACAAAAAGCGUGAUUUCAGAGUAUUUGAUUUACAAAGUGUAGCUUACCUGCCAGAUGUGGACGCAUCCCUGGCUUCCCUCCAUCCUGCCCGCCCCCCACUCCCACCCCCAGCAGAGCUCACCUGUAACACCAAGCACCUCGGGGCACCUUGAAGCAACUUAGGACUCAAAGUAGAUGCAACAACUCCAGAGGCCACUGCUUCCCAGGCUGUGGACAACGGGCAUGUUCUCCCUGUUACCCUCAGAAAAAAACUACAAGCAUUAUCAUCUCUACAGAAACACAGCAUCUCCUACAUUUGUGUUAAAAGAGAUGGUCAUAUAUCCUAGCAGGAGUUUCACUGAUUGCACAUUACGCUACUAUGAUCUGGGAAAGCAGGAAAAUGAGAAUUACGGGAAAUGAAUCCCAUAGGAAAGAGGCACAAAGACCCCCUGUAAAGGACUGAGAAAUUGGGAAUUGAAGCCAGAAAUGAGGUUUAUAUUCAGAAAAGAGAGGUCUGCUUACCCUCACAGGGCAGUCAGAACUUCAGGUAAUGGGAUCCCUAGGAGUAGAAGGUGGAGGGGCAGACGUGGGUCUGGACUUAGUGCUCUGGCUGGGUGUGAAGCUAGAAUCAGGCCAGUCAUUGCUAAAGCAUCGCCAAGUGCUUCCUUCUUCCCAACCUCCCCUCCAUGCUUCCUCUACCAACUCUUCCAUGUUUAUAUCUUUGUCACAAUUAGUUCUUGUGUGCAUUUUAAUGCUUAAAUAAUUGAUUUGA